UGAGCUAGCUUUCAAAUAAACCGGGAAUAUCUGUUUAUGUCUAUUUUAUUUGGAAAAAAAGUGUGUGGUCUGUCUAGCUGGGGUUCAAAUGAAAUUAAAGCAAAGUUCUCCGGUGAGACUAUCCGGUCCUUAGAAGAUGGUAGAAUGCUCCUGAAGACGCCACAAAAUCAUCACUAGCAAAAGACCUUUUCACACAUGUUCGCCUCUCAUCUUGUUAUUAAUGAGUUUGAAUGGAAACCUGUUAAGCCUGAAGGCCAGAUAUAAUCUACGGUAAUUGUAUGUACUGCUUAAUCGAAAAGGACAAUGGCUGACCUGGAAGAAAUCUGCCAACACUUUCAGAAUAAACUGUCAUCCUUACAGUGCAUGCUGGAUUUGUCUGCUGCUGACUUUCCCCAGCAGAAGAUAAAGAAACUGGGACAAGAAGUAUUGGGACUAGGAAGAAUUCUGGAGGAGUUUGAAGAAUGUGUCGAUCAGCAGAAAGAGCAACUAAAGCAGCUAAAGGAACUUGAGAAGUUAUUUCAAAAUGAUCUGGAGAGUGUUCAGCACAUGAAGGACAACUUUCCCACACACAUUCCUAAAAGGAAAAGUCCUGUCAAGGACAACAAGCCAGCAGAUGAUCAGCCAGCCCAGGCCGAAAAGACUAAGAAGAUCAGCAGGAACUUAGUGAAAGAGUUGGAUUAUAUCACUGUGCAGGAAUAUGAGAGCAUCCCUCAGUACAUGAAAGGACGUGUUUCAUAUGAGCAGCUCAAUGCUGUGGUGGAAGGCAUUAACACUGCUGUAGCAGCCAAGUAUAGGAUCCUCUGUCAGCCACUGAAGGCUCUUAAUAAUCAUUCACGCAAGUUGCAGCAGCUCUUCAAGGACCAGGAAACCAAAGAUACAAAAGGACAGUUUUUUGUCGUGGAGGAGGACAUGCGUGAAUUCACCCAGAUGAAAGUGGACAAACGCUUUCAGGGGAUUCUGAACAUGCUGCGACAUUGUCAGCGUCUCCGUGAGGUCAGAGGGGGCGGACUGGUCCGUUACGUGCUGAUGUGAAAGGACACACUUCCUUCUUAGACUUAACACCAUGACAACACUGUAGGCUGUAAUUAUGUAUGUUAUAGUCAGGGAGACUGUUGUGGAUUCUAUUGAGCAUUUCUCACAUUACUUGUGUUAAUGAGACAAAUUUUGUUUUUGAUUUGGAUUGAAUAUUUGCUAAAAUUGCAAAACCUUUGCAGUAUUAAAGCAUUUAUUUUUUCUCUG